AUAACUAAUAAACUGAACGGCUUAAGGUUCUUGUAAGGUUGAUCUAAUCUCAUAUUAGAUCCCCCAUGCUCAACAAGUGCUUUUAUUAAACAUUUAAAAUUAAAAAGACUUGAGACUAAUAACAAGAGAUGAUAAAAGCAUAGAAAACAACAUAACCAAGUACUUUUUAACACAGUUUCCACUCUUUACCAGAAAUAGGGUUGAACUUGAGCCAUUUAUCAUCUCUCCGGAGAGAUACAUUGCCAAAGAUCUUGAGUCGCCCUAAUGGUAGAACCACCUUUACGACCUCACCUUCUUGGGUAAACCCUCUGCUUCGUCAUCUUCGCCAUUCCCUUCCCCAUCGCCACCACCACCAUCACCCUCAAAACCCAUCACAACCCAAGUGAAGAUGACCGACGAUGGGGAAUGAUCCCUCGAUCCUUCUUAUGAGUUAUGACAUAUCCCAAGGAUGGUGAGAGCUUGAGGGAGGUGGCGAUGUGCUUUUAGGCCUUUAGUAGCGGGUGAGUGGUGGAGGAGGAGAGUAUCUUCCAAGCAUAUGCUUUAAGCACAACCUUAUUUUAGCACACUAUUACUCUCACUUUUUCAAGUAUGUCAAUAAUUUAAGUGAGAAAUUUGUAUUCCAAUUGUGGAAUCUACCUAAGAUUUCCCCGUCUUUGAGUGCUCCUAUCCUCUCUCUCUCUCUCUCUCUCUCUCUCUCUCUCUCCAUUUCUCGUGUUUUGCCUUUUGGCUCUUUGCCUCGGGAGAAGGGACUUCAACAACCACUAUGAUGCUCCCACGUAGCACGCAUCCAACGGCUCAAAACCAAUCAUACCCGAGUGGAUUCUAUGAAGAUAUAUUCAAUGGCGGGACUCCACGUGGACCCCAAAAUUCAAUUUCUCGUAGAGGAUGUAUCGGGUGCGGUCGAGUGCACGGUUACGUGGACCACGUCCACUCUCCGCCGUAGGAUGCCAGCGAAGCGUACGUGUAGAGAGAGGAAUAUUGGACAUCUGAGGCCUCCCAUGUCGUCGCUAACCUGCGCAGCUUAAGCUCUUUCUCUUUUCUUUGUCUCUCUCGAUCUCAAAUACUAAAGAUAUAGAAACGGAGAUCGCUUGCUCACUUGCGCAGAUUCAGAUCAGUUUCUAGGGCUUAUCUCCAUGGCUGCUCCACCUGCAAGGGCUCGUGCUGAUUAUGAUUACCUCAUCAAGCUUCUUCUUAUCGGCGAUAGCGGUGUGGGGAAGAGUUGCCUUCUCUUGCGCUUCUCUGAUGGGUCCUUUACUACCAGUUUUAUUACCACCAUUGGUAUUGAUUUCAAGAUAAGAACCAUCGAGCUUGAUGGCAAACGGAUCAAAUUACAAAUCUGGGAUACAGCUGGUCAGGAGAGGUUUCGAACCAUCACAACAGCUUACUAUCGAGGAGCCAUGGGUAUUUUGCUGGUGUAUGAUGUUACUGAUGAGUCAUCUUUCAACAAUAUUAGGAACUGGAUUCGCAACAUUGAACAGCAUGCUUCUGAUAAUGUCAACAAGGUAUUGGUGGGGAACAAAGCUGACAUGGACGAAAGCAAAAGGGCCGUGCCAACCUCCAAGGGUCAAGCUCUUGCUGAUGAGUAUGGUAUCAAGUUCUUUGAAACUAGUGCAAAAACAAAUUUGAAUGUGGAGGAGGUUUUCUUUUCAAUAGCUAAGGAUAUAAAACAAAGGCUUGCAGAAACUGAUUCCAAGGCUGAGCCUCAGACAAUAAAGAUUAACCAACCAGACCAGGCAGCCAAUGGUGGUCAAGCUCCUCAAAAAUCAGCUUGCUGUGGUUCAUAAAGGAAAUGAAAAUAUGCGAGACCAGGGGAAGGUUCUUCAAGUGACACUCCUGCAGGUGAAAAAACUAGUUGUCAUAACAAUAUGGUGGGCACUUGUUUCCGUUCCUAUCAUUUUUUUCAACUACUGGCUUUGGCAUGUUAAAGUUAUUUUUAUAAUUAUUUUGUGGAAUUUAUUCUAAGAGUACUCUCUUUUGUCACCUCCUCCUUUUCUCUCCCACUCUUUUUCUUUUACCUUUUUUGGGGGAUUGGUAUCACAGUGAACCCUGAUAUAUCUGUUGCUCUUCUUGAUGUAGAAAAGAUAAACUGAAGUGGCCUUCUUUGUGUUUCAGAAAAA